AACAUAUUUUGUUGUUGUCCGCAGGUAUAAAGUGUCCGGUGUGCAGCAAGUUCGUGCUGCCGGACGACAUCGAGUGCCACCUCGUCAUGUGCCUGACCAGGCCACGGCUGUCCUACAACGAGGACGUGUUAAACGACUCGAAGGGCGAGUGCGUGAUCUGCCUCGAGGAGCUGUCGGCCGGAGACACCAUCGCGCGCCUGCCCUGCCUCUGUAUCUACCACAAGGGAUGUAUAGACCAAUGGUUUGAAGUGAACAGAUCGUGCCCUGAGCACCCCGGCGACUAGUGGCCCGGCUGCCGCCUGCCCCGGCGGCCCGGCAGGCCCCGGCGGCCCGGCAGGCUCCGGCGGCCCGGCAGGCCCCGGCGGCCCGGCAGGCUCCGGCGGCCCGGCAGGCCCCGGCGGCCCGGCGACGCCCCGGGCCCGGCCCGCGGGCCCCCCACGUGCCAUGUCGCGAGUGAUAAUUUUAUACAGACAGACUUUGCCCCCGGGGCGUGUAAAUAUUUAUGCUAGUGAGAUGUUUUACCAUUUAAUGAUUAAAAUGAUUAAAAACAAAGACAUUAUAGUAAAUCGCUAAUGGGAAAUUCUCGGUGGAGUAUUAAUGAUACUAUUAAUUGUAAAUUUUACAUCGUUACUCU